GACUUGGCUAAACAGGGUGAGAUUCAAGAAGUUGGCGCAAGUUGUAUAUUUGCUUUUUCGCUCUAUUCAGGUACCCAGCCAUGAAGGAUUCUGGGACAAGCCUUUGGCUGUGGCUGGCAGUGCUGGUACUUGCAGGUCGGGGUGCUCAAGCAGUAAAUGAAGAAGUGCCAAAUGAUUUCCGGAGGUUGGAAGGAUACAGAUCAGUUAUCACCCAAUCAGAAUGGAGAGAGCAUGACCUCAGAUUUGGAAAUGAACAUUUAAAGUCUUGGAGAUUUGUGGGGGAUCCAGGAAGACAACAGGUAGCUUCAGGUUUGGUGGAAGAAAAUAACAGACAGGAGAGCAGAGGGUUGGCCCAACUGGAUGACAUUGACCAUGAAGCAAUCCUGCGCAUUGGCACAGAUGAGACAGUACUGAAGGCUGGAGAGGACCUGUACAACAAGCAGACCACUAUAAACCGGAACAAAUGUUUGCUGGAUUGGGAUAAGUCUACAGGACAGUUUAAAAUAGUUAAAUCAAAAGGAGAUGGCGGGAUUGAUAUUACAGCACAUGAUAAACUCACUGUGAUUGGACACGGAGGUCAUCAGUAUGGAAAAGUAUCUGUUGGGGGAAAGACAUCUGAUCAGUUAGCCAAAGUUAUAUUAAGCCUCCGGGAAAGCACAGCCCCCAUUCACUGGCCAUCUAACAUGAAGGUAAUAGAGGAGAUCAGCAUAGUCUCCUGUGAAGUUGGGGCAGGUGAGCAUGGGGAAACCUUUACCAAAGAAUUUCUAUUGGGCUUAAAGGAAGGGGGCAUCACUGUUGGCUCAGUCUCUGUCCGUACAUCAAAAACUAUUGUGGACAAUGAUGGAAGGAAAGUAACUAUUGAUGUUGAUGAUCCAGAACUUUGGAGCCGGCACAACCCAAGGCACAAGCGCAAAUUCUAUCUGGGAGAGGACAACAAUCUCAGGGAGGAGAGCGAUACAAGAGGUAGGAGCCCAGAGUGGAUCCAAAACAUGGGGAAUGCUAUUGAGAAUGACCCUUUGGUUCACACUGAUAAAGUUCUGUAUUUGUUGGACGGUGAUGUUGAGCACAAAGUUCCAGAUUCUUAUAUUGAACAUAUCAUUGAACAAAGAACACAGGAGCUAUUUAACACAGAAGUUGUUGUCUUGGCUGGUACAGAAAUAGCAGAACGUGCUGUUUUUUAUCAAAAUCCUGUAAACGGACAAGUGCAAGAAGAAAAUUUAGAAGUUCGCACCAUACAGAGUUUGGAUGGGUUACUUGAUAAUAUCAAAUACAUCAUACAGACUGCUAACAACAUUAGGAGGGACAUACUAAGCAAAAAAGAAAACAUUAAACUCUUGAAAAAAUAUAACUUAAUUGGGAAUGUGCUGAAUGUGGAAGCAGCUUGGGAACAAAUUCAGAAUUUUGCAAAUAUCAAAAAACUUAAUAAAAUUGAUAGAGCAAAGUUUGAAGGCAUUAUAGAAGAAGUUGACCAUCAGCAGUCCAAUCUCAAUAAGUACUACCGCUUCCAGGAUUACGUAUAUAGUAUUAACAUGAAGAACUUUUAUGUCGAAUUCCAUGGAGCCAUCACUAGGGAAGCAUUAAUGAAUGAAGAAAACCCUUCUUCUUUCAGAGGCAAAGAUUUGAGCUAUUACGAUAUAGGAAAAAUGGUCAAUAAGAGAACCUUUUCAGAAAUGGCAAAUAACUGGAUACACGGCAAUAACAUUGGCAAUAACUUCAAUGUUCUGGAUGGAGCUGGUGUAAUUGCCUCUCAUAUUUCUGAGACAGUUCGGAAUCCAAGAAUGUUUAUAACAAAUCGCCUUUUGUGGGAUAUAACCUCAAGCUGGGAACAAUUCCGAAAUCUAAAUCCCAUGACAGGGGGAGGAACUUGGGGAAAGGACUCAGCAGCUAUUGGUAUGUCCUAUGGAAAAGCAAAAGAAGAGAUAAAUGUGAACACCAAUUAUGUUAUGAAAUUAUGGCUGUCAAGGAAAUUCAGCAAAACAUACAAUUUAGAUGAAGCUAGCCGAGAUCCUUCAGUGGAGCAAAUAUCAGAAAAUGCAUUUCAGUUAAAGAUUGAAACCGUUGAUUUUCCACUACUAAAUGGUGAUAUUGACUACAGCUGCAGACCUAGUGAAAGGACCCUAUCAGAAAACUCCAUUAAUGGCCUCUAUGCAAAAGAAAAGGUAAGAGAGUUGAGCCUAGAAUCCGAAUUCCAGUUAAAGGCAAUGGAAGACAGGGAGAUCUUGCUAAAGAAAAUCAAACAAAAGAUAAAUGAACAAACUGCCCAAGAUCUCUCCAAGUAUCAGAAGAUAAAGCUGAUUGAGACAUAUGCAGAUGGCAUUCAGAUUGUACUAGAAAAUAAACAAAAUCCUUCAGAAACUAAAAAAAUUCUAAUGCCUGGUGAAAAGGGUGCACUGAAAUCAGAAGAGUUAGUCCAUUCCUAUUUCAGUGAUAUUCACGCAGCCUCUGGCAAAGUCAACCAUGCCUUGGGUAUCUAUGGAACAGUCAUGGGCUUUCAGGCAGCAAAUCAGAUGUUUGCAGAGGGAAGAGACUUGGAAGGGGGGAUCAUGUUAGUUCAGGGGGUACAUGGAGUUACAGAGAUUACUGGAAUGAAUGCAGCAGUAAAUGAUUUUGUUUCCAAUGUUGCCAAACAAUCCAUCACCAAGAUCUCAGGGGGGCUGGAAGAAGCUGCAGCGGCAAAAUUCACAAACUCCUUGGCUGAAGUUGGAGAACUUGCUAAAGGCAUCCCGGUUCUUUCAGCAGCAUUCACUAUAUUUAAUAUAUAUGAAGAUCUCCACCAAAAUACCCCAAUUGGGAUCGCAGAUGCAGCGCUUGAUGGAGUCAUCUUGAUCACAGCUCUUGCUGGUCCAGAAAUGCUUCCAGUCACUGUAGCCUUAACCAUAAUCCGUCUUUUCAUUGACCCCUUGUACAGUGAAAUAAAGCAUGAACUUGAUGCUUUGCCUCCCAAUGCCAGUGUUGGACAAAAGUUUCUUGCAGUAAUUAAAGGGAUUGGCCUUGCUUUAAGAGAUGUCCUUAAUACAUUUGUGGACAUACUGGAACAAAUAAAUAUAUUUGGGCUAAUAGCCAGUAUCAGUAACCUGGACGAGGAACACAGGAAGAGCAUGGAGUUAGUAAACCAACUACAGACAGUAGAGAACUAUUUCAAGAUCUUGAACGAACGGGAUAGAGAUAAAUGUCACCAGAUUGUAGACUUUACUAAAGGAGACUCUUCUGCCUAUGGGGGAAACCUACGGGUUGAGCUGACAGAACAUGGAACAAUGAAAGUUACAAUUGUGAACCCAAUCACAUCUGGCAAACUGGAGCAAGAAAUCACCUUUCAGAAAAACUGUGAGUCCCUGGAUCUGGUUAUGGGUAUUGGAGAGGUAGUGAGUAUUAAACUGAAACAGAAAUCAGCAAAUAUUUUUUGGUUUAUUCCAGUGAAGACUGAAGAGGUUAUAACUUCUGUUACUGCAGAUGAAACAUCAUUGCAUGGAACAUACAUAGGAAAUUCCAAACCCAACCGCUUCUUUGCUGUACAACAAAAUGUCAUUGACAAACUUCCUUACACCCUUGAUCAAUAUUAUUAUGCGUUGUACGGAAAUGACGGGAAUGACAUUUUCUUCUUGGGGCCACAAAAAAGCUUUGCACAUGGAGGCAAUGGGAAGGAUGUCUAUAUCAUUCCAAAGGAAGGAGGCCAAGUAGAGAUCUGCAAUCAAGCAAAUGAUACGGCCAUGGACCUUUUGAUCUUUAAUGUGCCAUUCCAAAACAUAUUUGCCAAAAAAGAUUCCAAUGAUCUCUCUCUUUUCUACAAUAACAACCAUAAGGCUGUAAUCAAAAAUUGGUUUAACAGAGAAGAAUACAAACAUUUGAGUUUUAAAACCUCAGAUGGUACCAUAUUUACUAUUGGGGAAGUUAAAUUAAACGGAAGAGUUACCCUAGCUGCCUCUUAUCUGGAUUAUUCAAAUAAUGACAAGGGAGUGGAAAUAAACCUACUUAAUCCUCCUUGGGACACAGUUGUGUCAGUGAUAGGGACUAACUUUAGUGAUGUUAUUGUUGGAAAUAAUCUGAAUAAUGUGCUACAAGGGGGAACAGGUACCAAUAGCCUCACUGGCCAUGAGGGGAAAGAUAUGUAUAUAAUACAUGAGAAAGAGACAUGUGACACUAUUGAUAAUUUUGCCCAUGACGACCAAACAGACAUUGUGGAAUUGCCUGCAGAGUACAGAAAUCUCCAGGUGAAGCUGGAUCCCCCACAGUCCGUGAAGAUUUGGGAUUCCAGUAGGAAGGCAUGUGUUAUAAUAAAAGACUGGAAGAAAGGCUGGCAAUGGCAGCACAUUGUGUUCAAAAGCAUUGACUUUGUGGUGUUCCAGGUCUCCAACUCCUCAACAAAGCCUGAACUGACCCCAUUAAUUUUAGACUAUAGUGACUCCCAACAAGGGGUAAACAUUGAUUUGAGGACAAUGCCAGGGAAUGAGAAUAUAAUGACAGUGAUAGACUCUCCAUUUCCAGAUACAAUCAUUGGAAACAGCAAAGCCAAUUUCAUUAAAGGUGGGGAAGGAGACACAUUAAGUGGAGGAGAUGGAAUAGAUACUUAUGUUGCUGAAUGCAAGUCUGGAGAAAUCACUAUUAAUAAUGAAGCAACAGAUAAUAAGAUAGACAUUCUCUUUAUUAAUGGCAAAUAUAGAAAUCUGGAUCUUCAGAAAUUUAUAAAACGAAAGAUGUUCCAAGGUAUUUUACAUUACAAUCUCAAAAUCACUAUUAAAGACACUUGCAGUAUUACAUUAUUAAAUUGGCUCAGUUCAGAAAACUUCCGACAUUUACAGAUACAGACUGAGGACGGCAUCACUUUCAGUAUUUCCAGCAAUCUUGUACGCACAGUAUAUGCUGUAGAUAACUCCAGAGGCACCUUACCCACCAAUGAAAUAGACACAAGAACUGGUAUCUAUGCUGGGGCAACAAAGAUCAUGGGCCCCCCUGAAUUCUCUAUCAUUUAUGGGAAUGAAAAAGACAACUAUAUUGAUCCCGGAACUAACAGCAUUCUGAUGUACGGCUUUGAUGGGAGUGAUACUUAUAUCAUUAGAAACCAUUAUGAAGGUGUUUUUAAAAUAAACAAUUAUGCAAAUGACCAUAAAUUAGAUUAUCUCAUACUUAAUGUCUACCUGAAAGAUAUUCAAUAUAAAAUAGUAGAAGGUAAAGACUUGUUGUUAAGUGCUCCAUCUAUUGGGAUAUUUCAGUGUCUUUUGUUAAACUAUGCCAAGAGCUCUAAUUAUAGGCACAUCAUUGUGAAAACCAAUGACGUGUGGUUCACAUUUUCUGAUGACAAAUUUGAGCUGCAACCAUUAUUUUUAGACAACAAAUUACUGGCAAAAGAACUGCAUCUUAAUCUUUCAGCUGGAAGUUAUCAAUCACUGACGACUGUAUUUGGGUCUCUUCAGAAAAGAAAUGUUAUCACUGGAAAUAUGAUGAACAACACAAUUAUUGGUGGAAUUGAUUCUGAUGUGUUAUAUGGUAUUAAAGGUGAUGACAUCAUUCAAGGUUCUGGAGGAAAAGACUAUCUGUCAGGGGGACCUGGUUCAGAUAAAAUCCAUGGCGGUGAAGGUAAUGACUUGAUCUUGGGUGGAGAAGGUAAUGAUGUGAUUUAUCCAGGACAAGGUGCUGACACAGUUUAUGGAGGGACUGGAUCAGACACCUUGUUGUUCUUUGGAGAUCUUGAUAAUGCAACUGGAGUGCUGGUAAAUCUGGCUCUUGGAUAUGGGGUUGGAGCAGAUGCUGAGGGAGAUCUGUACUUUGGGAUAGAGAAUGCCCUGGGCACCAGCUAUGAUGACAUCCUGAUUGGAAAUGAUGAUGAUAAUUACUUAAGUGGUGGAGGAGGCAAUGACCUAAUUCAGCCCAUGAAUGGUGAUGAUGUCAUGCAUGGAGGAGAAGGGAAUGACUUAUACAAUCUGAUGCAAGCGACUGGCAUAAAAAUGAUUGACAACUUUGCCAAUGAUAAAGUAGAAGAUUUGAUUUAUGUUGGGGAUGUUGAAAAUGGGACAAUAAUUUCAUUCAUGAGAUCCCAUGAUGACCUAAAGAUUACAUUCUCCUAUUCCAAAGAUGCUGAUGUUUUUCUUGGAAUUCUUGUAAAAAACUGGAUGAAAUCAAAAGAAUACAAGCAUUUAUCUUUGAAAGUACAGAAGUUUGUGUUGGUACAAUUACAUCUGUUAGUUAUAAAAGCUAAUCAUAUUUGUAAAAUAGUACUGUCAUUAGACAACUCUCAUUUCCCUGCUCUCCGUCAUUCAGAUAUUACCCAUGGGGUUUGGCACUCUUUUUAUGCACUGGGCUUAAAUCCCUUUCCUGCCAUGUACUGUGUGCCAGUGGUUCAGCCAUAGAUUGUUUUUAGCUGCUUGGUGGGUAUAGAUUUAUGAAAGGACCUGUAAUUUCUUAUAUACCAAGUACAAUUUUGCUAUGUCAUCAUAUCUAUCAGCUAAUCCAGGCUAUAUUAUUAAUGAUUUGCCUCAUAGCAGUGUCUGUGGAAGUGUCUAGAUUUGCAGUCUGCUCAUUGUGGUGGUCAGUAUGGUAAUAUAAAUGAGUAUCCAGAACAGCAAGUCUUACUAUGAGUAAGUACUAUAAGUCUUACUAUUAGCUCUCCUAUCACCUAUCUCUCCUAUCACCAUCCUUAGGCUCAGAGGGCAGAUCCAGAUUUUAGAAUGUAAUU